ACGUGCCUGGCAUGCAAAGUUAAAGGGAUUCUCUGGCAUCAAUGGCCACCACGACCGGAGAGACCUCCUCUGUUUCUUCUUCUCUGUGUGGACUUACCUUCUGAGCUCCUCUUGAACUUGUCUCCUGCGUUACACUCAGGAGAUCUACUAUAUUUCUGGGGAACAAAAGAUAAGUAAGAUAAAUGGCAUCCCUUACACCAGGCGUGCUUCUAAAGCUCCUUCAGAGCGUAAACUCCAAUGUCAAAGUUCGUGGAGAAUAUCGAUCUGCCCUCCUACAAGUCAUCAGCAUUGUGCCAGCCUUAAGUGGAUCGGAACUGUGGCCUAACCAAGGGUUCUUUGUGAAAGUAUCUGAUUCCUCUCACUCCACGUACGUCUCGCUAUCAAAGGAAGACAAUGAACUCGUUCUGAACAAUAAGUUACAACUUGGCCAGUUCUUUUAUGUUGAUCGAGUCGAAGCAGGCAAGCCUGUGCCUAUCCUAGUCGGUGUAAGACCACUUCCUGGGAGGAAUCCCUUCGUGGGAAAUCCCAAAGACUUGAUGCAAAUAUUAGAGCCAUCCAAAGGGCCUAGUCCAGCGCAAGGUGAAGCAGUUAGUAGCACCAAAUUGAAUGAGCAAACAGAAACAAAAGAGAAAGAUGAAAGCUUGAAACAGAAGUUUGUUAUCAAAGAAGAGAAGGUGGUUGUUGCAUCAAGGUAUAUGCAGGGUGUUUUAGUGUCCCACAAAGUUGGUGAAUCCGAUUCAAAUGGAGGGAAGGCAAGUGAGAGUGAGAACGGUGGAUGUGGCAAAAGGGCUGGCUUAGCAAGAUAUAAACAGCAAGAGCUUAAAGAUCAGACACGUCCAUCUACUCCUCCCAGAAGUCAUCCUGAGGCCCUUGCAGUGAAGCCAGAUGCUCCUCUACCCAACACGAGGGAUGCCGUAGCACCUCUGAAGAGCAUGCCUAAACAUGCUAUAAGUAAGCAAGAGAACAUGCACGCAAAUCUGCUUCCUGUCAAUAAAGAAAGGAUUAACUCCUCCGAGUCAAUGACAUGGGCCUCUCUCCCUCCCAACCUUUUGAAAUCUGGAAAGGGGAUACUUAAAAGGAGAAAUGUUGCUUCUUUAGUAGCAGCAGAAGCUCAAAAAGAGGCAUCAGCAGCUGGCACUUUGAUUAAGUGCCUCAGCAUGUUUGCGGAUCUCUCCUCGUCUACUGCCGCAGAGGACCCCCACGGUUCGCUUACCAAGUUUUUCACACUAUAUCAGCUAAUCGACCAAAAAAACCAAUCGACACUGCUAAGAAAUACUGUGCUUCCGUUAUCUUCUCAUUCUCCCACUACAAACAUUGAGAAACCUAACAACAGUGGAGUCACAACUCCUGGAAGAGGUACAUUAAAAUCCUCAAAGCCUAAUCUUGAGAUAACUGUGACUGAGAAACUGGAAUGGGCUAAAGGAGAUGGUGCUAGAGAGAUUAAAGAGAUGAGACAUACCUUCUUACAGGAAACAGAAUGUUGGUUUUUAAAAUUCCUGGAAGGAGUGUUGGACACUGGAUUUCGUGCCAGUGCCCCUGAAAGAAAAGGCAAGGAUGCUUUUGGACGACGGGCUGAGCCGAACAAUAACCACAUCGCUGUCACAUUAUCACAGCUGAAGCAAGCAAGCGAAUGGUUGGACAGAUUCAGAGGCAAAUUACAUUCUCAAAACAGCGGACUCCAAUUGGAAACUGUUGAUAGACUAAAGCAGAAGGUGUACUCUUCUUUGCUUGUACAUGUCGAGUCGGCUGCGACAGCUCUAGAGACCCGAUCUGAUCGUGGUUAAAAUCAGGCAAACUGGAUGAAGUUUUAAAAGCUUGUUUGCCUGCUUCUGUUUAUGGGUUAGUUUUGACAUCCAAUGUGGCAUUGCUUGAUACUCCAAGAGUCCAACCAAUGUUAUUGGUGAUUUGGCUAACUCUAUCUGAUGUUCAUAAAAUUAUUUUCCAAAUUCUUGAAUAUAUAUGUUUGAAGGGUCA